CUUUAAUUUGUCCCUUCGGCUCAGAGACUUUGAGCAUCGAGAAGCUAGCUAGCAGGUGAUCGGGACAUGGCCAGUGGAGCAGCCGACGGGCUAUUCAGAUGUGUCUACGAGGGCUGCAUUUCGGGCUGUGACACGGGGAUUGAGCGCCGGCCAUACCACCGUAACUGCGGCUGUGCACUCCAUGACAAGUCACGUAAAGCUAGCUCGCAUGCAUUGCCGGCCAGGCCGUGCAAGAAGAACGUAUCCUACCCAAUAAGGCGGUCCUGGAGUGAGGGCUCCUUGGCCUUGCAGGCGGCUGCUGCGGCUAAUUCUAACCAUUCUUCCCCGUCUUCUUCGCCGGCUGUGGUGGGGGCUGCGGGGAGGCCGCCUCACCUGGGUUUUUGUGAUGAGGAGGAAGAGUAUGUUUCAUUAUUCAAGAUUUGAACCUUUUCUUUAGUCAUUCAUAGAUCUCUCUUGAAUAAUUCAUAGACUGCAUAUCUUAUGGAUCAAAAUGCAUGGGUUUUGUAUUUGAUGAAAUGUUUUUGAAUGAAAUCCUUUCAUCAGUGUACGUUAUUAUAUUGUGUAAAUAUAUGUAUAUUGUGUCAAGAAAAUUUCAAAAAUUGAUCUUUGGGCCCCAUUUUCAUUUCAUGUGGAAAGAAACUAAUUAAGUAUCAAA